AGGGAAAGAACCACUUAUACCCUUAAACACACACAGUGAAUACUAAUUAUGUCCCUUCCUUCAUUCAGUGUUCUUUCACUUCACUUCCACUGUAACUAACAUGCUCUCACACACUGUUAUACUCUGUUUCCACUCACACUCUCACCCAUGACUUCCAAAACGCAUCGUUUAACCACCUGUCACCGUCACCCUUCCCAACCUAUCACCGGUUUUUGCGCAUCCUGUCUCACCGAACGUCUCGCCGGAAUCGAAUCCUCUUCUGUCGAACCACAACCCAAACUCCGCCGUACCAAAUCUUGCUCCGGCAGUGCCGCUGCCGACCAAGCUUCUUCCUCCGCCGUCGAGCCUCGCCGUAGGUCUUGUGAGAUCCUCGCUGCACCUGAGCAGAAUCGUGGCACGUUAUCGGACCUUUUCAAUCUCGACGACGAGAAGAAGAAGAAUAAGAAGCAGAGUUCGAUUCGGAAUCAGAAUGUAGAAAUCGAUUCGAGAAAAUCUGGUUUCGAGAUUGGGGAUUUUGAAGGUGGAGAGACUGUUAGGGUUUUAGUUGAAGAUGACAUUGAAGAAGAGACGAAGACGAUGAAGGAGUUUAUAGAUCUUGAAAUUCGUAGCGGAAAAAACGGAGGGAGAGAUUCUAGAUUGAGUUUCUGGGAUGCGGCUUCGGUUUUCAGUAAGAGAUUGAGGAAAUGGAAGAAGAAACAGAAGUUGAAGAGAAAUGAUGCUGCUUGUGACGGUUUUGUUACCGGAAAUGGCGUUGGUUUGAGGAACAUGGAGGUUGAGAAGCAAAGGGUGAGAAAUUUGAGAGAGACACAGUCUGAGGUUGGAGAAUAUGGUUUAUCAUUGGGUAGAAGAUCAUGUGACACUGAGCCUAGAUUUUCUGUUGAUGAUUCGAGGUUUUCGUUUGAUGCGCCUCGAGCUUCAUGGGAUGGUUAUUUGAUUGGGAAAUCGUGUUCGAGGUUUUCGCCAAUGGUUGCUAUAAAUGGUGAUGGGGUUUUGGUUGAGGAAGAAGAAGAUGAAGAAGAAGGAGAAGAGGUGGUGAAUUUGGAAGGUAGUGGUGUUGGUGGUGGAGAGCAUUAUCCGGGUGGUUCAGCUCAGACAAAGCAUUAUUAUUUGGAUCGGAAAAGGAGGAGUUUUGAUAGGUCAAACUCUCGAAGGAAAUCGGUGGUGAUUGGAGAUGAUGAAUUGAGAGUGAUAUCUAAUGCCAAGGUUUCUCCUGCCACAACCGAGUUAUUCUAUGGUGCAAAAGUUCUAAUCACUGAGGAAGAUUUGAGGGAUGCUAAUUUGAAACCUAAGAAUAAUGUUAUUGUUGAUAGAACAACAGGAUCUGCUUCUAAGGAAGCUUGUGAUGCCGAAAUUGGAAGUUAUCAAAAGGGAACGAACAAGUUUCACAAAUGGGGCAAGUUAUGGAAUAAGUUGGGAUUAGUACAGAGGAGAAAAGAAGAUAAAUUGGUAGAGGAAGAAUGUGUUUCCGGUGAUGUUGUUAAUAAGCCAAUUGCAGAGUCUUGGCAGAAGCUGAGGAGGGUUGUUAAUGGACAAGGGAGCGAAUCGGUUAGCCAGAAGCUUAUUCGUAGCUAUAGUGUUAGUUGUAGAAAUCAUAGUAGAAUGGCUGGUUUAGUCAAUGGCCUUGGCGGUGGUUCUGAAACCAAGGCAAAUGUUUUGAAUGGAAGACAAGAGUUUACGCUUCAAAGGAAUCGGAGUGUUAGGUAUUCCACGAGUAAUGUUGACACCGGCCUGUUAAGAUUCUAUUUGACACCGUUGAAGAGCUAUAGGCGAAGCAGGUCCGGAAAGAGUAGCUCAAAGGAUUUGAAUCCAUCCGCCAGAAGUUUCUUGUAAAGCUGUAACUUUUGAUAGAAUAUCUGGUUGGAAAUAUUAUAUAUAGUGUUGUUUCUUAUCCGAGAUAAAGUUUAUCACAUUGUUAGAUUUUUGUUGCA